GAGAGCGGGCGCUGCGGUAGGAGGUCGGCGGAGAAGGACGGAGCCGGAGCCGCUUCGCUCCCGCCGCCGCCCGCCUCACCCCCUCCCCUCCCCGGCCCCGCCGCCCCCUUCCUGCUCCUUCCCCGGCUGCGGUGAGGAGGAUGCCGCGCUCUGGGCCGCUCCCCGCCGCCCUCUCCCUGCUGCUGGUGACCGCCGCGCUCCUGCCCGGACCUGCCGCGGCGCAGAACGAGCCCAGGAUCAAUGCCAGCGAGGAUGUAAUCAUCCAUCUGCAUGGGCCGGCUGUCACAUUGCAGUGUAACCUCACCACAAGUCCCAGCCCCCUUUCUGCCAGUUACUGGGUGAAGAACGGAGAGGAGAUCCCUGGCACUAGAAAACCUUCAAACACUACAGAAUACAAGAUUUUGAAGCCCAGAGCAGAAGAGUCAGGGGAAUACUUGUGCGUGUUUGUGUUUUCAAACUCUCCUAUAGCCAACGCCACUAUAGAAGUCAAAGCCAUUCCUGACAUCACUGGCCACAAGCGGAGUGAAAAUAAAAAUGAGGGGCAGGAGGCGCUCAUGUACUGCAAGUCUGUGGGCUUCCCGCAUCCCGAGUGGGUCUGGCGCAAGAAGGUCAAUGGAAUAUUUGAGGACAUCAACAACUCCUCCGGAAGAUUCUUUAUCUCAAAUAAAGACAACUACACUGAGCUCAGCAUCACAAACCUACAGAUAAACGAGGAUCCUGGCGAAUACCAGUGCAACGCAACCAACCAGGUCGGCUCUGUCUCAGUCACAACCAUCCUGCGUGUCCGCAGCCACUUGGCUCCCCUCUGGCCCUUUUUGGGGAUCUUGGCAGAAAUCGUUAUCCUCGUUGUCAUCAUAGUUAUUUAUGAAAAAAGGAAGCGGCCGGAUGAAGUCCCAGACGAUGAUGAACCAGCUGGGCCAAUGAAAACCAAUUCUACAAACAAUCAUAAAGAUAAAAACUUACGCCAGAGAAACACAAAUUAAAAAUGCUUAUCAUAGCUUUAAGUUUCUGAGAGACUGAUGGCAAUAUGACCUGCUAAAUUUAAGGGUUGGAACUCUUGGUUCUAGAACUCCAGUUCUGUCUGAUUUUUUUUUUUUUUUCCUUUUCAAGUGAGCAACAAUAUGACUGUCUAACGCAUGCCUUAUUUAGCCUCUCCUGUAAGGAUGACCUAGCCAGAUAACUUUUAAUAAUGCUUCAGUGUAGAAGGUGUAAACUAUUUUGGGCUUGAUGUGCUGUGAAUGUUGCUUUUUUUUUUCCUUAAUCUAUUUAAACAUUAGAAGUAGUAAGUCAGUUCACGCAUGCGCCAUUUUUUACUUCCUGUAGCUGUUAAAAUUGGCAAAGCUCUAAAACGCACUGCUGCCAUCUAGUGAGACUUUUUGUAAAGUACAGCAAAACUUAAAAAUAUAUACAGUAUAUAUUUAUAUUUUGGGGGAGGGGGAAAACCAAAAUACAGUAAUUGUGUUUCAUUUUUAAGCUGCUGAUAUUCAUUCCUUACUGUAUGUCUGGAAGAUGAGAGAAUUAUACUGUUCUGGUACUUAGAGAAGUAAUAUAAAUUGAAAUUAUCUUAAGGGCUUAACCUAUAUAGAGAGACUUGGGUGUCCUAUAAUCAGACUUCAAAAGCUGGGAUGGUUCGACGUGGUGGUGGAAUGCAGUUGAAAACGAAAGCAGAACUUCAGUUUAUAAAUAUAUAUAUAUAUAUGAUUGCUUUUUAAGUGAUUUUUUUUUUUUUGUUAACUCAUGUAAAUUCUCAAGAUCCUUUUGCACUGAUGUGUUCAACAUAUUCUUGUACAUUCAAUUCAGGCAAACUUUUAUAAGUUUCUUUUUUGUUUUGUUUAAAUGAUGAAAUGUUACAGCAUGGUGAUAUUCUAUGCAACUAGUUAUACUCUUUAGUUUGACACUGUAAUUUCUCAUGAUUUAAAGAUUGUAGAAAUAGACCUAACAGGGUUCUCAUGAUGUGCGUAACUGUAGAUGCAUGAACUCGUGUUCUGUGUAUUUGUUGAAGUGCAAUGAUGUAUAAAAAGUGG